ACAAGUUUCUCCAAUAUAACCAACCACACGAAGGUGUCUUCUAAACCUUCCUCUAGAAACUUCUCGUUGAUCGAAACCCAACCCUAAUCCACGAAGCAAACUCUUGUGAUUUGAGAAUAACCUCGUAAAGCUAUUGGAGAUGGCGGAACACUUAGCGUCGAUUUUCGGGACGGAGAAGGACCGCGUGAAUUGCCCGUUCUACUUCAAAAUCGGCGCUUGCCGUCACGGAGACCGAUGCUCGCGCCUCCACACCAAGCCCAGCAUCAGCCCCACGCUCCUCCUCUCGAACAUGUACCAGCGUCCCGAUAUGAUCACCCCUGGGGUUGAUGUCCAUGGCAACCCGAUCGAUCCCCGUAAGAUGCAGCAGCAUUUCGAGGACUUCUAUGAGGAUCUUUUCGAGGAGCUGAACAAAUAUGGCGAGAUUGAGAGUCUGAACAUUUGUGACAAUAUUUCUGACCACUUGGUUGGUAAUGUGUACGUGCAGUUCCGAGAAGAAGAGCAAGCAGGAAAAGCACUUCAGAAUCUUCGCGGAAGAUACUAUGCAGGUCGCCCAAUCAUUGUUGACUUCUCCCCUGUCACCGACUUCCGCGAAGCUACUUGCCGACAGUACGAGGAGGAGAUUUGCAAACGUGGUGGGUACUGCAACUUUAUGCACCUUAAAAGCAUUAGCAGGGAUUUGAGGAGGCAGUUAUAUGGAAGGUACAAUAACAGGCAUAGCCGUAGCAGAAGUAGGAGCCCAUACAGACAUCGUAGUCACGAAGAGCGCUCUAGUGGAAGGCAUAGCCGCAGUAGAAGGUAUGAUGAUGAUGAUGAUGAAAGCCGGAUCAGGAGCAGAAGAUACAGGAGCAUUAGUCCUCGCCACAGGAGAGGGAGGAGUAGGACAAGAAGCAGAAGUCCCGGUGGAAGGAGACAGAGAAGUCCUGUUAGGGAAGGGAGUGAGGAAAGACGUGCCAAGAUUGAGAAAUGGAAUAAGGAGAAAGAAGAGCAGGAAAAUGCAAGUAGGAAGAGUGAAGGGGGUGAUAACAAUUGCAGCGAUGGGUACAUGAGGAAGGACCACUAUCAUCAGGAGCCGUCCUCUCAACAAGAAGGCUAUUGAUACCACCAAUUACCUUUGGUCAGUGAAAGUUUUCCUUUACCCCUUUUCCAUCUUUAUAGGUAGUUUUCAGUUAGGUAUUGCAACAUUUAAAUAAACAUAGCUCACAGCCAUUUUCCGCUGUGCAGGUUGCAGGGUCAGAUAUCUGAUUGAAAUUCAGUUAGCUCACAUUCAUUGAUUCGUGCUUGAUGACUUUUCGCUUGAGAUUUAUGCAUGUUAGUAGCCAUGAUGACACUAUAGCCUUGCAUGUGCAUGCUUACUUGCCCUCCAUUGACAUGAACUACCAUAACCUUCACGUUUGCAUUUGUGAGUCAGUUUUUCCAAAUUGUUUUCUACUUAUCUACAAUCUUAAAGCUGCGAAGUUUCUGAUACAAACCCAGUUUUGCAUUUAGGAAGAUAGCAUUUUCCUUAAGUUAGGCCAGUUUUUUAGUCUGUUGUGAUGUUGAUUGAAUAUUUUUCGAGUCCUAGAAUAUAUCAUUGCGUGUUUUGGGUCUGUUUGGUUUUGAAUUCUAUAUACUGCGUGUAGUACUUUGUUUGUUACAGUCAGGGAAAUAUGACAAGUGCACUCUGGGGAUUAAGCAAAUGCAACCAAAAAUUUUCUUCUCUGUUGGUUCUGGUCAUCUAAUCUCCAACUCCAUUUUCUUCCCAACUCUUUGGCUUUGUUUCUCUUUUGUGAUGAUGAUGCUUACGGUUUGUGAAGAGUUUUGCAGGUUCAGGUAUGGACUUGUAGGGUGAUGGUGCGAAAAAGGUUUUGUUAACAAUCUGCAGAUUUGUUUUACAGGUUUGGUGGUGGCUGGAAGAUUUGUGCUUUAACAGAUUGCAGAUGUGAGGAACGUUGGAUUCAGAAUAUUUUCUCUUCAUUUCUUGGUUUUGAGUUUUCAGACUUUUUUGUAGACUUCUCUUGUUUGGAGUUUUAUUGUGUGCUUUGUCUAAACUGAUAUAUUACCAGCCGUUUCAAAGACAAAUCAAACUGUGCUGAUUUGAAUUAAA